UAAUAUCUGAGGACUUUAUUGGAUCUAAGCCAAAAAAAGAAGGAUACUUUAUUGGGUAUGACAUGUGAAGAGCAGCACAGGCAGAGAAAGAGCGGAUGCGUUUUCUCACUGGAGGCCAACACCACUAUAUAUAUUAAUCUUCUCCCAUGUAUUGGCUCCAUCUUCGGCUCCCUGAAACUGAUUAUAAUAACAUAAAACAGCAUCUUGAGGGAACAAUCUAUCCUUGGUUCCCUCCCUAUACUAUAUUAGGAGAGGAGGAUCAAUGUCUUCUAAGGUUCAUGCGGGCAAGGAGAUGGAGAUGGAGAUGGGGGGCAAUGAGAGUUCAGGCAAGACGGAAGAGAACAAUGAGAGGAAAUCAUUUUCCACGAGAAUGCAGGGACUUCAACGUCGGGUUUGGGCACGAAUAUGGGAGGUGGGCCAUGAAGAUCCUCGGAGGGUGAUCCAUUCUCUGAAAGUGGGCACCUCAUUAACAUUGGUGUCAUUGCUUUAUUUGAUGGAGCCUUUGUUUAAAGGGAUCGGCGAGAAUUCAAUCUGGGCAGUCAUGACUGUGGUUGUUGUCCUAGAGUUCACUGCUGGUGCAACUCUUUGUAAGGGACUUAACAGAGGACUUGGCACACUCCUAGCAGGAUCGCUGGCGUAUCUGAUUCAGUACGUAGCGAAUGAAACGAGUCAGGUUGCUCGAGCAAUUUUUGUUGGAGCUAUAGUUUUUAUGAUCGGAGCUGCUGCGACUUACAUGAGGUUCAUUCCUUACAUAAAGAAGAAUUACGACUAUGGGGUUGUGAUAUUCCUCUUGACAUUUAAUUUAAUCACCGUGUCGAGUUACCGGGUUGAUAAUGUGCUAAAAAUCGCCCAUGAACGGUUCUAUACGAUCGCAAUCGGCUGUGGAAUAUGCCUCUUCAUGAGCCUGCUGAUAUUUCCUAAUUGGUCGGGUGAAGCCCUUCACAAUUGCACAAUAUACAAACUCGAAGGGCUAGCAAAAUCCAUCGAAGCUUGUGUGAAUGAGUACUUUGAUGCAAAGUUAGCAGAAAGGAAGGAUGAAACUUCCGAGGAUCCAAUCUACAAAGGUUAUAAGGCCGUUUUGGAUUCAAAAUCAACUGAUGAGACUCUGGCUUUCCAUGCUAGUUGGGAGCCAAGGCAUUCGAGAUAUUGUUACAUCUACCCAUGGCAGCAAUAUGUAAAGCUGGGGACAGUUCUGCGCCAUUUCGGGUACACUGUCGUAGCUCUACACGGGUGUUUACGAACAGAGAUACAGACUCCACUUGCAGUUCGUCUACUAUUUAAGGACCCGUGCAUCCGACUCGCUGGCGAAGUCUCCAAGGUCCUAAUGGAGCUCGCCAGCAGCAUAAGAGACCGCCGGAAUUGCUCGCCAGAAAUUCUAUCCGAUCACCUACACGAGGCUUUACAGGACCUUAACACGGCACUAAAGUCCCAGCCCCGACUUUUCCUAGGGGCAGAAACUAACCCUGUGAAUAAUAGGAACCAACAGGGCUCAUCGGCCUCAUUACAAACGGUUAAAACAGACACUUCUGCCCUUGCGGAGUGGAGAUCGAAAAGGGCUUCAGAGUUGCCGCCUAAGGAAGGUGGUGAGAUGAGGAAGAUGCUCAGGCCACAGCUGAGUAAAAUAGCAAUCACGAGCCUCGAGUUCUCAGAAGCUCUUCCCAUUGCUGCCUUUGCCUCAUUGCUCGUGGAGACUGUGGCAAGGCUCGAUCUCGUCAUUGAGGAGGUUGAGGAGCUGGGUAGAAUUGCUCGCUUUAAGGAGUUCAACCUGGGUGAUGAGAUUCCUAUCACUUGCGAGAAACCUCGAGUUGAUGUUUCGUCCAACCAUCUGCCCACUCACGGCAUAGAGUAGAUUAUUUGUUUUUUAGGACUAUACAACAUUCCCAUUGAUUGUUUUGCCCCGAAAUUCGUUUCUUCAGAGAUGCUUUUAUAGCCUUGUCUCCUUAUCGAAGUUCCUAUUUCAGGAUUACUUCAUGUAGUCACUUCAUCCAAUUUGGCUUAACAGUCUGUAAGUUCAUGAAUAACCUAUUAUAAGAAUACAUUAUUCCAGACA